GAUAUACAUAUAUAUAUAUUUCUCUUUUCUUCCCUUUAGCAUAUUGAAAUAUUUAAUCUUUAUAUCAUUAUACUCUUGUUGUGUUAAAGGAUAGGGUUGGUAAUAAUUAGUUCUUAUUGUUAACAAAUUAAAAAACAUUAAAAACAAUGACCUGAUCCUACUAACAAGUAUUUGUCUGUGUAGCAACAAGCUGAUGUGAUAUAUUUUGUUCUUCUGUGCCACAGAGCUCCAUAGCAGCCAACAAUGCUGUUUGCAUCCGGGGUGGACAGCCGGUGUGGCUAUUUACACCCAAGCAUUAGGCUCUCCUGGACCGCUUCAAUGAGUCAAAUGGAAGAAGUUCAGGCUUUCUAACAUGGGGCUGCGGUGAAAAGGGUCUAUUUUAACCCAAACUAUGUUGUUAUAUGUUAAUAUGCUAACCCUGACCGUUUGGAAAAAAGCAAACAAAACAAAACAAAACAAAAAACCGAACAAAAACAACGAAUAAAACAAGAGGUUUAGAGAGCCACUGGGUGCUUCAUACGGGUGUGAAUAGCCAAAUAGCUGCCCUGUGACUAUUUUCACCUGGCUGACAUGUCCUUUCAUUAUCAUGAACACACACACUGCAGUUUGUCUCAUUCCCACCUACACCUUCCUGUUGCACUAAAUGUGGAUCAAUCUGCGGAUGAAAAUAGUCCCCAGCAGAUGCACUAUUUACUCCUGUCUGAGUAAAGUAAACUGCUGUGAUAGGAAAUUACUGAGCAAUUUGUGAACCAUUUUCAAAGAUUUACAUCAGAUUUACAUGCUGAGUGCAGCAGACAGGGUAAGGAAGUCAGAGAGUCAAGAGACUGACUGUAAACUUGGUUUUGGUCUUUUCACAGGAUUUGUUGACAAUAAGAUGAAUAUAGAAUAACACCAGCGUUCUCCUUUAAGUGGUCCUCACUGUCAUAUGUCAUCGUGGUCAUGAUCUCAGGUUAAACAACCUUAGAGGUGUGAUAUACUGUAAGCCCACACUUAAACCUGGGGUAAAUGUUUUGGUUAAUUUAAUGUAGGGAUGUCGAGGAAAUCUUGAUCUAUUGUAGAUCUGUCUCUGGAAGGGGACUGGAGUUAAACAGACGUUUAGUCUAGAAAGUUUUAACACAGGAUCAAAAAGCUGAUGGACAGGACAACACUAUUUUUAGGUUUUGUACUUAAAGGAAUUUGACCAAACAAUCCUGAGUUAUUUUGUUGAGAAAAUAUAUUGGAAACAAACAAACAACCAACUAAACAAAAACAAUCCAUCAACUACUGCUGAAAAGAGGAAUGAGCUAUUCUUAUAUAAAUAGCUUUUGUAUUCUUUUCAGCUUCAACAUUAUGGGAUGCCUGUUACUACAAUAAAGACGAACGACAUAUUUUCAUUUGUGCAUAUACUUUGUAAAUAUAUUUGAAAAUGUAUCCUUAUGUUGCAUGAUAGAGUAGCGAUUCCCAACUACGGGUACUAAAACUAAGUCUGCACUGCUGUGCUUAGGACAAGACAAAUCAGAUUAUGCAUUGGUGUGAGUUUUUUCUUUACUAUAUUGACAUAUACGAAAAACAAUUAACUACCAGCACAACUCGGUUUAACACUGACCUGAGACAGUUGUGACACCUUUACACGACACGUUGCUGUUGUGUGGGUAUGAAAUAGUUAAAACAGCUACUGCCACUCCACAUGGUAAAGAGAAAAAAAAAGAAAAAAAAAGAAAGAAAACAAAGACCAAGCUUAAAUCUGAAAAUUUCAGUAUCUGCUCUGUAUUUUUCUGUUUCCUCUUACAGUGAAACACGCUGGAUAAACUGGGAUAGUUAUUUUAAUGUAAAUAGAUCCAUGAAAGGCUCUGUUCUACCCUCCGUCUGCUUCAGACAGCUACAUGAAGCAUUUGCUUUAUUGGAGAAGAUAAAUAUUUAUCCAAUGUUUACUUGAGGUUUCUUAACUUCUGUCCUUUGUUGUGCAGAAUAAGUGCUAAUGUCGAACGUUGCCAGAUGAACUUUUUCUCCCUUUGAACAAUUAGAAGAUCACAUUGAAUGGCAAAGUUGUGUUUACUUUUCCUUAGGGCUGAUGUUAAAAUGUAAACUAAUAUCAUAAUGCGAAAUAAGGUUCACUGGAAAUAAAAAAGACUGUUGCCUGCGAGUAAUUACAUAGAAAUGAAUUUCCCUAAUGCCACAUGUGCAGUCUCUAGACCGUGGCUUUGACAUUACUCUGAGGAAACAUCUGGCCUCCCUCUUGUGCCUUCUGAGCUGACAGCAGUUUGAUCCAACACACUGGCUCAGUUCAGCAGGAACAGGAGUCUAGUCAACACACAGCAUUUUGUCAUUAAUAUCAAGGAGAUGAACUGUGGAGACAUCAUGAGGGGGAAAAGUACAGUGAACCCAUGACGUGCCAUGAGGAGACCUGAGCCCAUCAAUGUCUAUAAUGGCACAACUGAUCCCUGAGUGAGUAUGAUAACUUAUGGUUUUAUAUGUUUGUUGUUAUUUAACGGUAGUUUAUGUACAAGUACAACAUCAACAUCUAUAUCAUAAGAUUGUCUGUCUGCAAUUUUUUACCAUAUACAAUGGCAACAGAAGAGCCCAAAGGCAGCUGGUGGAUUUGAUGGUUGUUCAGAAUUCACACUCAUGGGUGUUUGCUGCCUUCUACUGGCUACGGAGGGGAACUACUACAACUACACAAUAUUAAUCUCUGUUAUGGUAAAAAUUGGAUUAUGCUCAAAGUUCAGAGGGUGAUAUAUUCUGUGAUUGGUGUUCAACUUCGUACAGAUGUAACUAACAAAAAUGAAGCAGUCAAACAAUUUAACCUGUCAACAAAGAAUGAAUAAAUAUUCACAAUUAAUGUUUAUAUAAAAUGUAUUAUAAAUGUAAAUGUGCUGAACAUAAUUUGGUUAAAGUGGGGAUUAAAAAAAUGUGAUAGCACAAGAACAUGGGAGCAGACAAUGUAGAACAGGAACCAGACAGGAUUUUAAUCCCAAUAGUAUUCCCAAACUUGUUUCUAAAUUUUCAGAACUAUUUUUAAUUUAAUUAAAUUUUUUCCAAAUGAAUGGUUGAGAAUAAAAAUUUAGGGAGCCCCAGGAUAACCCUGCUGGAAACAUGCGGUACCACUUCAUCUCUUGUGGAGGGCAGAAGUCCAACUACUACUAGAAUGCAACUACUCCGGUGAUAAUCACACGAAGAAGAAGAAUGAGGAACUGCAACAUGACAGUUGCACAACUUUUCCAGUGCAGAGAAAAAGAUUUCCAUUUGGGAGUACUAUGAAAAACUAAAUUAAACCUUUAGGGUUACUCACAAACAUGUUCAGCGCGGAGACGUUUCAGAGCCACAUAUGUGCUAUAAUGAAGGCUCUGGUGGAGGCUGGGGUGACGGAGCUCAGCGGACUUCUGGAGCAGCACUGGGCUAACGUCAUGGCCGCCGCUCGGUACCGCUCUGCUCCGGCGGCAGAGACGGUGGUAAAGAGCGAAGAGGAGGAGGAGGGAGAAGUGACUCCACCGGAGCAGAGACAGCAGCUUAAUACAGCUAUAACGAACCAGUUUGCAUUGCUCAUGGAAGCAUUGACCAAAGCAGCAGUAGAGAAAAUAUUGAUGAUCUUGAAAGUGUCCAUGUGUGAAGCUCAGGGUGGUCCUGCUGCAGAGCAGAGACCCGGACUGAACAACAAGACUCAACAGACAAGCAAGAAGCCGACAGGAGGGCGAGGGGCCAGGCCCAAAAAGCAAUCAGAAACCAAAAUUUGUCGUCAGAAGAGGAAGAAAACAGAGGGAGGACUUCAACCAGCGAUAAGAAAGGAAAUCUACCACAUGUAUUACCGAGCUGAUGUGGCCACACAUAGAGAGAGUAACUCUGGAUCCCUGUCUAAACGUGAAGCCUUGUUAACUGAGCCCACGUCAGAGCUGGCCCCUGGGCCGUCCCCUGUGCCGGCCCCUGAGCCGUCCCCUGUGCCGGCCCCUGGGCUGGCCCCUGUGCCGGCCCCUGAGCCGUCCCCUGUGCCGGCCCCUGAGCCGGCCUCUGAUGUCAGUGAGGACGAUGUCAUCCAGGAGGAUAGAGACACUUCAACCACCGCAUCCAAGAUCAAAAAGAAGAAGACCACAGCGCCUUUCAAAUGUCCUUCUUGUGACAAAACAUUUGCUCUCAAGUGUUUGAUGGACCGGCACUACCUGACUCACUCCAAGCCUCACCUCUGCUCCGAGUGUGGCAAACGUUUUGCCGGACUCCGGGGGCUCAUCGCACAUUCAAGACGCCACACUGGAGAGAAGCUUUACAAAUGCUCGGACUGCGGGACAGAGUUUGCUUACAAGAGCACCUUCGAGAGACACAUGCGUCAGCACAGCCUGAAGAGACCGAACACCCACACGUGCACGCUGUGUGAGAAUCAGUUUGCCGGGGUGCUGGCGUUUCAGAGGCACAGGUGUUGUGCCCUGAAAAAGACAUUUGUCUGCUCUGUUUGUCCAGAGACAUUUGAGUGCAGAAAGAGUUUGGCAGAUCAUGAGAAUCUACAUUCAGGAGACAGAGAUUUUGUCUGUGAAAGUUGCGGCGAGAGUUUCUUCUCGUCCUCAUCCUUGGCCAUUCACCGGGUGACUCACAUCCAGAAGGAAAACUGCUGCGAAGUGCUCGGCCUCGGAUGCAGCGACAUGAGCGUCCUCAAAAAUCACCUGAGCAAACACACCGGAGAAAAACUUUUCAUCUGCGAGGUUUGCGGUAAAGGCUGCAGUCACCGGAGCGCGCUGAAGCACCACAUGCUGACCCACACGGGAGAGAGGUCGUACGUCUGCGAGACCUGCGGCAAACGCUGUGGCCACGCCAGCGCGCUUCAGAACCACAUGCGGAUCCACACGGGGAAGAAACCGGGGCAACAGCCGGUCUGCAACGUGUGCGGGAAAAAAUUUCGCUGCACGGUCAAUCUCAAAUAUCACAUGAGCAUCCACACGGGGGAGAAGCCUUAUGCCUGCGAUCAGUGUGAUAAGAAGUUCAGCAACCCCAGCAAUCUCAAGCUGCACAUGAGGAUUCACUCCGGAGAGAAGAUGUACGGCUGCAACAUCUGCAGCAGGAGGUUCACUCAGUCCAGCAGCCUGAAGCUGCACAGGCGGAUCCACACUGGAGAAAAGCCGUAUUGCUGCUCGGUCUGCGGGAAAGGAUUCAUACACAGCAGCGACUUCAAGAAACAUCAGAGGGGUCACCUGCCAGAGGAACCAGGAGAUGGACAGUCUGAAAAAACUGCAGUGAAAACUUAAAACCUUUCACUGCAGCACGCUCACUUAUUGCACUGAGCAUUGAUAUGGAUUGUUUAUGUUUGCACACAUUGGAGUUCAGGCUGGGCAAUGUGACCAUAAACACUGUGAGACAAUAGAAAUUUGGUCGAGUGUCAAAGAUUUUAUAAUUGUGUUUUGCAGAUCAGUCAGUGGGACUGUUUUAUGGCAGUAUAAUCUGCAGGAGUUGAAAUGGUUAUUUUGUUUCUAGAAAGUUUUCUGUGGGUUAAACACUACUACUUUUCAUGGCCAAAAAUGUGUGGAGACAUUGUUACUCUUUAACAUGUCACUCUAUAAUCAUGAGUAUUAAUCUGCUGCUAUAACAGCCUGCUCUUCUGAGUUCAGGCUUUCCACAGGAUUUCACAACCUGGCUCCAGGGAUUUGAUCCCAUUCAGCCACAAGAGCAUUAGUGAGGUCCAAGACUGAUGUUGGAUGAUAAGACCUGGCUCACAGUCAGUGUUCCAGUUCAUCUCAAAGGUGGUAGAUGGGGUUGAGCUCAGGGCUCUGUGCAGGCCAGUCAAGUUCUUCUACACCAAAUAGGAAAAACUGUGUUUGCUUCUUAAGUUAGAAGCACACUGCAGUUCAUGUAUAAAACAUCAUUGUCAUGCUGUAGCAAUAAAAUUUGCCUUCAUUGGAACGACGAGUCCAAACCAUGAAGAACAACCCCAGAUCAAAAGCAUACACACCUGAGUGUCCACAUACAGCUAGUGUUUACUAUGAUUGAACAUUGUUAUUGCCCACAGACUUACAUUCGACCAAAUGCAGCCGAAACUUGAAAUGACUUUGGUAACGCAUUCUGUUACAGAAAAUGAUAAAUGUUGAAGUAAUUUAGCUUUUUUUUUGCGGAUUAACUAAUAAAUUAUUAAUAAAGUUAUUAUUUUCGUUCACAGUGACUUGUAAAAAGUUAAACAUGUCUGAAAAGUUUGUUCUCUGCUGUUUUCAUUAGCAGCUGUUAACUUUACAGCUCUGUCUUAAAGCAAUUUAAUGUUUAUUUUUCACUUGACUGGUUUUACUGGAAUCACGCAAAUUACUUACAUGUGGCUAAUUUCCUUUGUCAUUAAACAAAAAAAGGGGAGUAGGGGGUAAAUGAGUUCAAUAAAAUUAGCAAAUAACCAGAGGUAAUUAACACUUCAUCAGAGACUUUGUAUAAAAAGACCUGACAGACACUGACUGGAGAGAAACACUGAGACUUAGGCAGGAGCUGCAGUCAUACAUACAGCAUGAAGAAUUUAUGGAUGGAUAUCACAAGAUUGGAAUAAAGUAAUUAAGAUGGAGGCAGUAUAAUACCGUACACUCUAUUUGACUGUUGCUGUCUUUGUACAUGAUUAAUAUAUAAGGAAAACCUGUCAUUAAAUUUUAAGUCAUUUAUACAGAAUCCUCUGCGAAUAUGAAGAUAUAAGUUUAUAAGAUUUAUUAAAUACCCAUAAAAAAAAUCUAAAUUUGAAUUAUCAAAAAUAUCUAUCAUGAAUUUUUCUAUAGUAUAUCAUGUUGCAAGCCUAUAUUUUAACAAUAUAUAUUUGAUAUGUCAAUUCAAUUUUAUUAAAACAAUGUACAAAUAAAAAUUCUAUAUGCUUA